AUGGUAGUCGGAGAAGGUUCGGGGUUUUUCGACUACCGGGAUCCAGAAGAAAUUUUAAAAAUACCUAAUUAUGAAGCCAGAAUGUUCUUCUGGGAAAGAUUAUUCAACAACAUAUUGGACAUGGAGGUUAGGGAAGUCGUGAGGAGGUCACGUGAAUUUGGACGAAAUGGUAAUUCAUAUCGAGGUGGUAGAGGACUGGUGGAGGAUCUUGUUAUCAAAAAUCUCGUAGUUGGAGAAUCAGUUUAUGGGGAAAAAAUUUCGUUAGAAGAUAAAGAUGGAAAUAAACUAGAAUAUCGAGUUUGGAAUCCAUUUCGUUCGAAAUUAUCUCUUGGUAUUCUGGGUGUUCUUGAUAAUAUUUAUAAAUCACCUAAAUCGAAAUCGUUUCCAUCAUGUCGCAUUGAAGGAUUAGGAUCAAUCAGCAUAGUAUAUGCCAGAACAUCAUUGAGAUCUUUGAUUUUAUUAAACGUUUUCAUGCAAGAUAACUUGAGUUCCAUCGUGUCUCUAUAUCAACAAUCAUUCGAAGGUAUUCAUCAUUUUUCCUUAAAGAAAAUGCUCGAAAACAUCCCUUAUGCAGGUCUUGGUCGAACAGGCGCUUUCCGUGAACAUGGUCACCAAAUGUAUUCCAAGACUAAUGAUGAGAUGCUAGAAAAGCAAAUUGAUGUUGUCAUUAUGGUUAUAUGCUGCUUCUUGGAAAAAGGAGCGCCAAGAGAAGUAUUGAUGAUCCAACAAAUUCGAAUAGCAAGAACUUCAGAAGUAUCAAGUCGUUCUAAUAGUAGUCAAGAGCUAAAUAAAAUCUGUAAUCGAUUUGGUCAAACGUCUGUUAUAACUUUACCUCUUCAAUCACAAGGAGUGCCUCCUAACUUUCCGGCACAACAAU